AUGGACAAGGGCCUCAAUGAGCUCCUCAAGUGGGGCAUCGAGAACUCCUCGACCAACCCCAACGACCCGUCUGCCGCGGAGGCCGCGCCCCCGACCAACCGCGGCCUCAACCCCGAGGUCCUGGCCUCUCUGUUCGGCGGCCCCUCCGAUGCCGACCUCAUGAAGGCCUCCAUGGCCAUCAUCGUCAGCACCGAGGACAGCCCCGAGAACACGCUUGAGAACAAGCUCGUCGCAUUCGACAACUUUGAGCAGCUCGUCGAGUCGCUCGACAAUGCCAACCUCAUGAGCAGCCUGGGCCUGUGGACGCCGCUGAUUGGCGUGCUCGAGUCAAGCCCGGAGCCCGAGCUGCGGCGCAUGGCCGCGUGGUGCAUCGGCACGGCCGUCCAGAACAACCAGCCGAGCCAGGAGCGGUUCCUGGCCGUCAACGGCGUGCCGCUGCUGGCCAAGUCGGCCGCCAACGGCAACGAGUCGCCCGCCGUGCGCCGCAAGGCCGUGUAUGCGCUGAGCUCGGCCUGCCGCAACUACCAGCCGGCCAUGGACGCCGCGCUGACGGCACUGGCCGCGCUGGCCGCCAAUACGGACGAAGCCACCAAGGUGCCCGUCCCAGCGGGCCUGGCGGCUCUGCCGACCAAGGUGGACGCCGGCAACAUGGACGCCGUCGACCAGGUGAUUGACGUGCUCAAGGCGGACGUGGCCACAGCCGAGGCUGCGGCGUGA